GUGUGUGUGUAUGUUUGAUGAGCGUGGAAACAGGAGCAGGAGAAGGAGAAGGAGACACAAACACACGCUCAUUGCCCGAUGCUCGAUGCUCCAUAUACAUAUACGAAUAGUACUCUGCUGGUUAUUUGCAUGUGAAGCGAGCUGCUUACAGCUGUUCGGUUGCAACUCUGCGCGAUCUCCGUUUCCUGUUUUGAGUUGUCCUAAAGUUAACCGUUAACCGUUUACCGACUCGCCGUCCUGUAAGCCUGUCUGUCUGUGACUGUGUCGGUGUGUGUGUGUGUGUUUAUUUUGUCUUCUUUGGUUAAUUUCUGGUGUAGAAUUUUUUUGUUUGCCUGGCAAGUGCUGUGGCUAUAGCUUUCUCGCUCUGAGUCAGCAGCGCCUGUCAAGCGGAGGGUUGUUUUUUUUUCUCGUGCCCUGCCGCUCCCCUCCAAACUUCACUUCAACCACUUGCCGUCGACGUCAUCGCAGCCAUACAACAAACCACCGUGCCAGCACCCCCGCCCGAAAUCCUCUCUCCUCCCCCUCCCGGUGUCAUUGGCACUCGCUUACAGUUGUUCCUUUAAGUUGUGUGUUGUCUGCAAAAAAAAAAAAAGAACACGGAGCUAGAAGUUAAGCGGGCCCAGGAGCAGGUCCUUUCGAAUCCUGUGUUGAUUUCGCAAUCAUUUUAUGUUGCUUAAACGAAUGAAAACUGACAAUCAAGCUGCAUAAGCAGAGCCAAGACAAUAAGUGAACUGAGAACCGAGAACUGCGAACCGCUGAAAAACGUUGCACCCACCACCGCCUCACGCUCACCGCCUCACCGCUCGCCCGCUAGUUUAAAGCUAAUGCCACCGCCCACCACCACUAGAACUACUUCCACCACAACCACUACUACCACCACCACCACCAAGAACCAAGAACCAAGUACCAAGAACCACAACCACCAACUACCAGCCUCGACCUGAACCACUUCGCAAUAAUAAAAAACAAGAGUAAAAACUAAAAAGCAAAAAGCAAAGAAAGAAAGAAAGGCAGAGCCCAGAUUCCGUGUCCACUUGUCCAAAAUGUCGUCAGUCAAAAAAUGUGAGCUCCACCAAAUGCAUUACUAGAUGUUCGUUCCCGUAAUAUGUGCAUAUAGCAUCCCUAGAAACCAUAGAACCUCUGGGCCAAAAGCUCUAACCCGAAAACCACUCCCGACUUGUCUUGCCAUGUUUGCCACUUAGAUCUAGACUCUUGACAACAAAUAAGUAAACCACAUUCUCAAACCACUUUUAUUACGUUCCAUAUAUAGCUAUACUAUAACCAUACUAUCGGUCUGCCUCUCUCUCUCUCUCUCACUCUCACUCUGUCUCGCUCUCUCUCUCUCUGUCUUUCUUGUUCUGUCUAGUUAACAUGCCUUGAACUUUUACCCACUCUCCGUUAACUUCGCCUGCCAAACAAAACAAACUUUCCCCCUCAACUCUUUUGAAAUUGGGAAGACCGACUGAGAAAAGCAUCUGAAAAGUGAAGUUCUCAAGAUGGUUCCUGUGCGUUGGCACUCGAAAAACUUCCCCUGAUUGGCUGGAGCCCCGAUUGUAAAUAAGACCCCGUUCCUCAUUCCCCAUUUCCCAUUCCCGAUCUCCUGCUCCCCCCUGAAUUUCUGCACACACUUUCGAUUUGCCUGCUUCUUAGAGAACCUGCAUGCCCCAACGAAUCAUCAGCUACUGGUUAUAUCGAUUUGCCAUUUAUCAUUUGAGAAUGCCACAUGCAACACACACACACACUCACACACACACAAACGCAGACGACGUUGAUUGGUUCGAUCGGUGGAUCAGCCGCCGCAGAAAUUACAAGCCAAACAUUCUCUAUAAUCGUACUAUACUAUACUAAACUAUACUAUACCAUAUUGUACGUUAGUCCAGUAAAGUUACAUAAUUUCCGUUUCGUUCCUCGUUUCUCGUAGUUCCCCAGUUCGUUUGAUGCGUUCGUUACUUCGUUCGUUCGUUCGUUGUGUUUGCCAAGUUCAAAUUUGUUGUACUCGAAUCCCCAACUGGCCAAGAACCAGAGCUGGGAUUCGGAAUUGGCAAGCCAGAAGCCAAAACUGAACAGAAACAACAGCUACCAGACAAACAAACAAACAAACAGCAAUAAAAAUCGAAACCCUAACCCAAUCUUAAAGUAUUUAUCCAAGCCUAAAGUGUGUCUAAUCACCAAUUCCUAAUGUAAAAUUCUCUUUAAACUAAAAAUCCAAACACGAAUCACACAAACCAACAACCCAAAUCUAAACCGAAUAAUCUCAUCGAAAUCGCAGACCCAGGCAACAAUUCUAUUGACCACCAAGCAUAUGAGCUUGUGGCUAAAGGUGUCUCCGGCAUCGACUUGUUUCAUGUUGUAACUCGAGGACUUUCGCUUAUUGGCAACAAUAAUGGUCAGCACAACAUUGACAACUCUGGCUGCUGGACAAACAACUAGUAGCAGUAAUCACCAUCACCACCACCAUCACCACCCGCAGCAGCAGCAGGAUCCCACGCAGCAGCAGCAGCAGCAGCAGUCGCAUCAGCAAUUGCCUUACCAGCGAUUGCAACCACACGCAGCAGCAGCAGCGGCGGUUGGCCAACAGCGCGGCUUCUACGCGAUUAACGGUAGUCUCGAGAUAGACUGCGACAGCAGCAACAGCAACAUUGGCAGCAGCAACUACCAACAGCAGCAGCAGCAGCCGCAGCAACAGCAACCGCCGUUGAUUUUGUCGCAGGCUCUGCUUUCCCCUUCGCCGCCGCUCAACGAUCAGAUCAGCUUGCUCUUCCCCAAGUGCCGACCCAAGCAGCAGCCGCAACAGCAGCAGCAACAGCAGCAGCAGCAACAGCAACAGCAGCAGCAGCAGCAGCAGCAGCAGCAUCAGCAGCAACAGCAGCAACAGCAACAUGCAACACUGGCGGACGUGAGUAGCAACAGCAACCGGAGCAGCAGUCCCAAUUUAGCAACAGUUGGUGGUGGCGAAUCGCUGGCCAGCAUCAGUGGCAGUCCGCCCCAGGCCACGCCCACCAGUACGCCCAGUUACUACAAGAGCGUGAAUAUCAUAACGCAAUCGCCGCCGCCACAUUCGGCCUCGUCGCACUCCUCCGAAUCGCUGUCCUCGGUGACGCCGCGCAUCUCCACGAACCCCUUCCUCUGCGCCCCGCUCACCCCUCCCCAUCACCAUCAGAAGCUGCAGCAGCAGCAGCAGCAGCAACAGGAGCUGCAGGAGCAACAGCAACUGGACGAGUCAGCUGUGGUGGAGCGGAGCAGGAACGGAUCGGGAUCGGGAUCGGGAUCGGGAUCGGGAGUGGGAACAGUUGAGGAGGCCGACUACCCCGCCUCCUUCUACUACCACACGGUGGGCGAGAGUAGGCGUGGCCCCGGCGGCUACGCGGAAAUGCCGCGCAAACGCAGCAGUGCGUUGCCCGCCAGCAGCAGGCAACAGCAACAGCAGCAGCAGCAGCAACAGUUGCACAAUGGCAAUGGAAGUCAGAAUCCUUUCAUCAAGGAAAACUACUGGGAGGCGCCGCCCACAAGAGCCAGCUUGCUGCUACAUUCACCCACUGAGUAUGCAGAGGAGCAGCAGCAACAGCAGCAGCAGCAGCAGCAACAGCAGCAACAGCAACAUCAUCAGCAGCAGCAGCAGCAACAUCUGCACGCCUCAGCCAGACGAGCUUACCACCAGCAGCGGGAACAGGUGUACGGAAUCAGCCAGCGACCGCAGCAACAGCAGCAACAACAACCACACGUCCUGCGGGUUGGAAGGAGUCCGGUGAAUCGCAGCUUUCCCCAGCAGCAACAACAGCAGCCACAACAGCAGCAGCAGCAACAACAGCAGAUUGCAGCUGCCAGGAGCAAUCCCUGUGCCGAUGGACUGACUCCUUUGGCCAGCCACUAUCUCUAUGGCAGCAAGUCCUCGCUGGAUCAGCAUCCUGGCGAUUGGGAACCACGAGAGCAGCGGAAGCUGAGGCUCCGCGAGGAGCGGGAAAGAGAAAGGGAGAGGGAAAGGGAGAGAGAGAGAGAAAGGGAAAGGGAAAGGGAUCGCGAGAGGGAGAGGGAGCACUUGUUGCUGGAGCAGCAGCAGCAGUUGCAGCUGCAGGAGAAUCACCUCAGCCACCUGGCUGGCCAGCAGCAACAGCAGCAACAACAGCAGCAACUGCAACAGCAACGCAAGCGACACGUUUACGGCGAGGAGCGGGAAUUGGAGCGCGAUCACCGAAUGGUCAACGGGAGCGCAGAUCCCAACGAGAGCUGGCAGCAUCUGCGCGUUACGACCGAAACUCUGGCGGAGGAGGGCGGCAAGUCCGGCAAGUCGGCGGAUCGGGCUCAGCACCAGCACCAGCACCAGAUGCCCAAUCUCCAGGGCCAGGGCCAUGGUCAGGGUCAGAUGGGGUCGGAGGUCAACGUCUACAGGGAGCACAAGCUGGACGCCUGGAAGCUCGAGCGCAACUACACGCUGGCCGUAGAGUCGCGCCACGGCAUCAUUGAGUACGAAGGCUCACCGAGACGAAUUGGAGUGACCGCCAGCAAUUUGGGAGCAGUGACGGCGGCAGCGGCAGCGGCGGCAUCAGCGGACGAAAGCGAACCACCAGCAACGGCAGACGUAGCAGCAACACAACAGCAACAACAGCAACAACAGCAACAACAGCAACAGCAACAACAACAACAACAUCAACAGCAGUUGCCAAUGGCCGCCGUUCCACCGCUGAGUUCAACGGCAACCUCGCUGCAAAAAACUGCGGCACGUGCAGCACUCGCCGCUUUGGCGCAGAGCCAUCCCCACAACUCCCACAACAUCCUCAGCUCCCUGCUGCCACACACCCAGAAUCCGAAUCAGAGUCAGAAUCAGAUCCAGAAUCAGAACCCGAGUCCCAAUAGCAACCCACUGAACCCCAGCCAGAUCCACUCGCCGCAGCAGCAGACCAUCCAGAACUAUCCCGUGCGCCCGGGCUUUCCACAGCGCAUAAUCUCGCCGCCGAAUCGCGAGGCUCGCAGCAUCUCGCCGCCACUGCAGCAGCAGCAACAGCAGUUGCAACAGCAGUUGCAACAGCAACAACAGCAGCAGCAGCAGCAACACUUCGGCAGUCUGCUGAGCAGCAACCACAGCAACAACAACUCGAACACCAACAAGCAGCCGCUGAGCAGCGACAACAACGCGGAGGACACCAGCAACGACGUGUCCGAGAUUGGCACCAUAUCCGACCUGACCGCUCCGGAGGCAGUGGGUCUCUCCAUCGGGGGCGCCGGCGAGGUGGCCAGCCGCUCGGCCACGCCCCCUCAACCACAUACAGUCGCGUCCGCGGCACUAGCACCACCCACCGCAGUGGCGGGCAGCACCACCGCUGCCAACGGAACCGCAAAUGGAAAUGGAAAUGGUAACGGAAACGGAAACGGAAACGCAGGUGGAGGCGGAGGCGGAAAUGGAACAGCAGCGGUCAGCGGACUAGGGCCACUCAGCAUGCACACGAAAUCGUCGACCUUCGAUUACCUCUACGAGUUCUCCGAAACGCGCAAGGUGCUCGAGGAGUUCUUCAAGUGCCCCUCCACCGACGAGCAGCCCAUCAUGGAGAACGGCAGCGAUGUGGACAGCAUUGACAUCCAGUACGAGUUCCACAGCAACUUCGAGCGCGACGACGAGGACUUGGUGGAGGAGGAGGACGCCGAGGAGGACGAGGAGGGCGACGACGACGCCGACGCCGACGAGGAGAACGACGAGGCGGAGGACGAGGACGAGCCGCUGGAGCAGGACCGCGAGCAGAACUACCGCCAGCAGGCGCCGCCCACCGGCGGCCACGCCCCCGAGCGCCACGUUUACGGCGGCUACGGCCAGCAGUCGCAGUCCCAGCUGACCGCCCAGCCACUGGGCGCCACCAUGCCCGUGGGCGUUGGCAUGGGCGUAGGCGUGGGAGUGGGCGUGGCACGGCGGCACUACAGCGGCAGUCCGCUGAUGCGCGACUUCGACUUCUUCCUGGACUCCACCAGCCGGAGCAGCGGGGAGCGGGACGGCGACCAGGACGGGCUCAAUCACAACCAGCUGCUGAGCACGAGCAGUGGCCACGGAGGCGGAGGCGGGGGCGUGGGAGUGGGCGUGGGCCCUGGCGGAGGCCACAACUACCGCUACUCGCCGGAGACCACCGACUACGACUCCAACUGCGGCGAUCUCGACAGUCUCUCCGGCGAGAUGAACGGCGGGGUCUCGACCUCCUGCUCGAACUACGCCAAGUACUACGCCUCGGCGAUGCCCGUCCUCGAGGACGGCCUCUCCUCGGGUCACACCAGCGACACGGAGAACAACAACAACAAGAACCUGCAGCAGGCGGCGGCGGCGUCGAUGGGGCAGGGGGUGGGUGGUCAGUGCCCCACCAGCCUGAGCGGCAGCACCAGCAUCGGCGGCAGCGGCGGCAUCUCCAUGCUGAUGGACAUGAAGCGCAUCUCGACGAACAACAGCUUGAACAGCAUGCACAACCUGACCACCACCGCCUCCACCACGGACAGCAACGGGGGCGUGCCAGUCGGAGUGGGCGUUGGCGUUGGCGUGGGUGUGGUCGGUCACCACCUGGGCGGUGCCACGCCCAGUCCCAGCAAUGGGCAGCAGAAGGUGCAAGGUCACCAGCAGUCGCAUUCGCAGUCGCAGUCGCAACCCCUCCAGAAAGCGCUUUCGCAGGCGCCGCUUUUGGAGCAGAGCCCCAGCAACCACAGCAAAGUGUUCAAGAACAUCGAUCCGGAGUUGGACUCGCUCUACUCGAUUGGAGUCUUCCACCGUCCGGACACUGUGCAGAUGACGCCGCCGCCGCCCGCUCCUGCCCCGCACCGCAAGCCGAACAACAGCGGGGGCAACAAUGCCGUGGCAAACGGCAGUGGGAACCUGGUCGGCGGUGGCAACAACGAUGUUGACCUGCUGCAGCCGAGCAGCAAGCACACUCCGCUGGCGGCGGCCAUCAGUUCCACGCUGCAGCGCAGUUCUCCCACCUCGACGGUCGCCGGAAACGGAAGCGGCAACGGAAGCGGAAGCGGAAAUGGAAUGGGAACCGGAUGCGGCAAGCCCAGAAGCGCCGGCAGCAAUUGCAGCAGCAUCGCCGGCAACGGGGGCGUGCCACCGCCCAUUCCGGAGCGCAAUAGCCUCGUUGUCCAGCGAUCCCCGUCGCCGGGACUCAAUUCACCCGUCUGGUUGUCCCGCCACUUGGACGGCGGUGCUGGGAAGGAGCUGCUGGAGAGCGGAUCCGAUAACCACUCGAAGAACCACAGCGCCGACGAGGAGGACGUGGACACCGACCUGGAGACGGACCGCCUGCUGGGCCACCAGCGACUAGACGACCAGGGGUACUACGAUGAGAACAAGAGCUGGGAUCGCAAGCCAAGAUCGCUGCUCUCGAAGAUCUCGCCGAAGCAGCAGAUGCCGAGCACCAAGACGCGCAACGGCUACAAUGCGCUGCUCAGCUCCACGCCGGAGCUCCCGCCUCCGAUUCCGCCGAAGGGCUCCUCCGGCCUGGGAUUGGGACUCACCUUGGGCUCCGGAAACGGAGGCAAGCUCCUCGAUUUGGUCGGUGGAAUGGUGCAGCGGAGCAUGUCGCGCAGCUCGUCGGAGCACAGCGACAAGUCGCCCAGCAAGAUGGCGGGCAUUUCUGGCGGGGAUCUGUGCGCCGGCAGCGUGGACGUGGUUGCCUCGGCGGUGGCGGCGGUCACUUCGGCGGCGGUGGCCACAACGCCGGCGAUGGGAAGUCCCGGGAAUGGCGGAGGAUCGGAGAGAUCGUCGGGUGGACUGGCCAAUCCCGGCGGAGCAGUGAAGAUCGGGGAGACGGAGGCGGGAGUGCUCAACGGCGGACCCAUUGGACCAGUGGGAUCGGGAUCGGGAUCUGGAUCUGGAUCUGGAUCCGGAUCUGGAGUGGGAUCUGGAGUGGGAUCGGGAGCUGGUUCGGGAACUGGAGCGGGAUCGGGAGCCAAUGGUACCGUGGUGGCCAGCACGAACAACAACACCAACAACGGCAGCAGCAGCAACAACAACAACAACAACAAUGGCAACAACGGCAACAGCAACAACAACAGCAGCGGCAGCAACAGCAACAGCGGCGAGAAAAAAGUGAAAAAGAGCGGCGCAGUGCUCAUCGAGGGCGUCCUCUUCAGGGCCAAGUACUUGGGCUCCACGCAGCUGGUCUGCGAGGGUCAGCCCACCAAGUCCACCAGGAUGAUGCAGGCCGAGGAAGCCGUCUCCAGGAUCAAGGCGCUGGCACCUGAUGGCGAUGUGCAGCCAAGCACCGAGGUGGAUCUCUUCAUCUCAACGGAGAAGAUAAUGGUUCUGAACACGGACCUCAAGGAGAUCAUGAUGGACCACGCCCUGCGCACCAUCUCGUACAUCGCGGACAUCGGUGACCUGGUCGUCCUGAUGGCCCGCCGUCGCUUCGUGCCGCAGGACAUCGAUGAUGCCCCCAAGCCGAACCGCACGCCCAAGAUGAUCUGCCACGUUUUCGAGAGCGACGAGGCGCAGUUCAUCGCCCAGUCGAUCGGCCAGGCCUUCCAGGUGGCCUACAUGGAGUUCCUCAAGGCGAACGGGAUCGAGGACCAUCGCUUCGUAAAGGAGAUGGACUACCAGGAGGUGCUCAACAGCCAGGAGAUCUUCGGCGACGAGCUGGAGAUCUUCGCCAAGAAGGAGCUGCAGAAGGAGGUGGUCGUCCCGAAGGCCAAGGGCGAGAUCCUCGGCGUGGUGAUCGUGGAGAGUGGCUGGGGCUCCAUGCUGCCCACCGUCGUCAUCGCCAACCUGAUGAGCUCUGGGGCCGCCGCCCGCUGCGGUCAGCUGAACAUCGGCGACCAGCUGAUCGCCAUCAACGGACUGAGCCUCGUCGGGCUGCCGCUCUCCACCUGCCAGACGUACAUCAAGAACACCAAGAACCAGACCGUCGUCAAGUUCACCGUGGUGCCCUGCGCCCCCGUCGUCGAGGUCAAGAUCAAGCGCCCCGAGACCAAGUACCAGCUCGGCUUCAGCGUCCAAAAUGGAGUGAUCUGCAGUUUACUUAGAGGAGGAAUUGCGGAACGAGGCGGUGUUCGUGUGGGUCAUCGCAUAAUCGAGAUAAAUAACCAAAGUGUGGUGGCUGUGCCCCACGAGAAGAUCGUUAACUUACUGGCCACUUCCGUGGGAGAGAUACUCAUGAAAACGAUGCCCACGUCCAUGUUCCGCCUGCUCACUGGCCAGGAAAAUCCCAUAUAUAUUUAAGUCCGCGGGAGAAUAAUAAACGGCGAUUAUUGUUAACUAUAAAACCUAGCAAGGAUAUUACGAUAUUUAGUAUAUAUACCUAUUCAUAAAGAAGGAGAGUCAGAGAACGAGAGUAAAUAUAUGUAUGUAUAUGCGUGUGUACCUAUAUAUAUAUAUAUAUACUAAACAUAUACUACACACGAGUGUAUCGAUUUUUUUUUGUGAGUAAACUAGACAAAGUUCGAUCGGAAGGCGAGUUAAGAGCAGCUACUACGACAAAUAAGAGGAAGCGAUAACUAACACACAUGGCACGCCUUUUUGCAAAGCUUAGUAAUAAUAGUUAAUAAUGUGUGUGUCAGAUCGGGCCAUCGGCCACGACAUACAUAAAUCCAUAUAUAUAUAUAUUAAUAUAAAUAUAUAUACGUAAAUAUAUAUGAACACAAUGACCUUUUUGCGAAAACGUCCUUAGCUUAGUUGAACGGCGACAUUAGUCAGCGAUUACUGCAGCUAGUAACAGACCCAUAUACUAUAUGCUUACCCAUACUUACUGUAAAAACCAAAACUAAAACCCAAAACCCGAGAGGAAAAUCCAACCAACACGAGCACAAGACCCAAACGAGAUUCGAGAUUCCGGACAGGAGACAGGCAGCUCUUUUGAUAUAGUAUAUAUAUUCCACACACACUAUAUAGCACCACCCCGAUAUAUUUAUAUAACGUAAAAAAAGAACUAAAGGAGGAGGAAAUUUAAGGCCAGUUGGGAAAUUACGUAAGUGGAUAUUGUAACUGCAGCGUUUCGUUUUCUACUCGCACCCAUAGCCGAGAAUUUUGAUAGUUAUUUAACGGAAUAUAGCCAGAUCGUAUUGUACUGUAUGCAACGUGUAAAUUGAGAAGCGCUUUACACCCCCCACAAAUACAUACAUACAUACUCCCCCAUAGAGGAUUUAGUUUAGCAUACACACUCACACUCACACUCACUUAGACGCUUCGAUUUCAACCAUCUUCGUCCAAAAAUUGUGCUACUACUCGUUAAACAAGUUGAUAGAUAUAGACAGAGAAUAGAAAGGGAUGGCAGACGGCGGGGAGAGAGAGAGGGAGAGCCCGUUAAGAAAGAGACAGAGUUAGAACCCCGUUAAGAGCCGUUAAGGUAGAGGGAUUUUCCCAGAAGAAAGAAUAGAAGGAGCCUAACUUGGCAUAGCGUACAUCUAGGAUCGCAUCGUAGAGUAAGAUCUGUAGACCAGACUCGAACCGAAUCGAAUCAAACAGAGAGAGACGGCAACAGGAACGGAGAACAGAGACGGAAAGAGGGACGAAAGUAGAGACAGUCAGAAGGGGGAGAAUUGCAUUUCUUUGUGUGUAUAUGUACGUGUAAAAUACUCGCUAUUGGCCCAAAUCGCAAUCCACAAGCAACCGGCAUCAGCAGUCACUAAGGGAACUAUUAUUAACUACGAGUACGGUUUAAAUAAAUGUAAACGGAAACAGAAACAUAAACGGAAACGGAAAUGGAAAUGGAAACGGGGGCAUUUGCUUGAUGUUUGUGAAUUGAACGACUUUUCGGCCGCAUUUCCGCUGCUUGGCACGGGCCACGCCCACGCCCACCAAAAAUAUAUAAAAACAAAAUUACAAAAAAAAAAAAAUUAUAAAUUAAAACUGCUUCAGCAAACCAAAGAGACGAAAGGAAACCAAAACAAAUGCAUACCACACUAAUAUUAAAUGAAUUGUUUUUUUUUUUGGUGUACAUUAUUUAUAUGGAAUGUGAAAUGGCAUUACAAAUUUAAUGAAUAUAUUGAAUAUUUAUUAAACCGGGCUAAUUGCAUAGAAAUUAUAUAAGAACGAUCAUAACGAUGAUUAUUUGUAAAGGCGAACUAAACCCAAAAACCGAAAACAGAAUGAAUAAAUAAAAGAAUAUAUAA